GGAUUAUCACUACUCUCAUCACAAACCAAAGCAUCAAACAAGAGAAGAAGAGUGGGAAGAAGAAAGAAGAGAGACACUAUGACUACCAAUCCAGAUUGGAUCAUGAUUGGAGGAGAUGGUCCUGAGAGUUACAACCAACAGUCUUCGUAUCAGAGAGCGUUGUUGGAAGCGGCAAAGGACAAGAUGACCGAGGCGAUCUCAGCCAACCUCAGCCUCGAUUUGAUAUCGAAUCGGUUCAAUGUAGCAGACUUUGGUUGUGCAAGUGGACCUAACACUUUUGUGGCAGUCCAGAAUAUAAUAGAUGCGGUAGAAGAAAAGUACCAAAGAGAAACCGGACAAAACCCGGUGGAUAACAUCGAGUUCCAAGUCUUGUUCAACGACUUUACCCUCAACGAUUUCAACACUCUCUUCAAGACACUUCCUCCAGGGAGAAGAUACUAUAGCGCCGGAGUUCCUGGUUCCUUCUUCGACCGUGUUCUCCCUAAGGAGAGUUUCCACAUUGGAGUCAUGAGUUACGCCUUCCAUUUCACCUCCAAGAUUCCCAAAGGGAUCAUGGACCGUGACUCUCCCUUAUGGAACAAAGACAUGCAGUGCACCGGGUUUAACCAAGCAGUCAAGAAAGCAUAUUUUGAUCAGUACUCUAUCGACACCAAGAAACUAUUGGAUGUUAGAGCUGAAGAGCUCGUUCCUGGGGGUUUGAUGUUGCUUUUAGGUUCGUGUCUAAGAGACGGAGUUAAGAUGUCCGAGACACCUAAAGGAACAGUAAUGGAUUUUAUCGGAGAAUCUCUUAGUGAUCUUGCUAAACAGGGUGUGACCGAGCAAGAAAAGGUGGACACUUUCAGAACCUCAAUUUACUUUGCGGAACAAGGCGAGAUAAGGCAAAUCAUUGAGGAGAAUGGGAAGUUCACAAUCGAGGCUUUUGAGGAUAUCAUUCACUCUGAAAAUGAGUUUCCGUUAGACCCCAAGAUAUUGGCCAUCUCCUUCAAAGCCUUUUAUGGAGCGUUCAUUUCCGCACAUUUUGGGACCGAGAUCAUGAGGAAAGCUUUUGAGCUUGUCGAGGUCAAGGCGCGCGAACAGAUGUCUCGUCUCCAGAAUUGUAAACCUGGAAUGCAGUACCUCAUUGUGCUUCGCAAGAACUGAUCUAUGAUCCAAAUAUAGUAAUGUACUAAUGCGUUUUACUCCAUUGUUGCUUCAUCUUGUUUCCUCCAUAUCAUGGUGCUUUGUCAUCUUUUUCUUCUUGCUGUUUUGUCUUUGCGUCUUUGUAUUCUCCCCUAUCUUAUAAAUUAAUAAAACUUCACUUUUCGCUUAUUA